UGGAGACUUCAGUAUUCCAUGUAUCAACGAGCUGGGGGAGACACCUUUCUGAUCAUCAAGCCGAAUGGAAUAUCAAUCCAAACAUGCAGUGCGGAAAUCAUCACGCAGAUUACCUCGCACGGGAGCAGGUUCCCGAAGCCUACUAAAGAAAGCAAAGUCGUUGAACUAUACGGUCCAAAUAUCAUCACGACCGAAGGUGCGCAAUGGCGAACUCACCGGAAGAUCAUGGCUCCUUCGUUCUCAGAAGAUAAUAAUCGACUAGUCUGGGACGAAACACUGUAUCAGGCCCGAGCGAUGGUGGGAGGUUGGGGCUUGAGCGACACUGAGGAGAGCGCAACUUUGGCAUUAAAAGAGUUGCAGGAAGAUACUAUGCUAUUGCCGCUAAACAUCAUCAGCAGGGCAGUUCUUGGUAUAAAACUUGAGUGGCCAAAGCACAAUAAGAAGUCAUCAAACAACCGCGGGUCUAGGGGAGACAAGAUGAACAUGGAAGGCCACUCUUUGACUUUUCAAGACGCGUUGUCCAUUCUUCUCGAGAAUCUUCCGUUGAUAUUCUUGUUAGGCAAGUUCCUCCUGAAACAGCUGCCGUUCAAGGCGGUGCGCCAUGCUUAUACAGCCUUCUCCGAGUGGCAAGGCUACAUGCAAGACAUGAUUCUUUCCAAGAGAGAACAGCUAGAUCGCCAGAACGCACCAAAACAGGUAGAUAUCUUGUCGUUGAUGCUCGAAAGUCACACGGAUGUUGAAGAAGGUGCCGAAAGCAAAGGAAGAACCAUUAGCCUCACGAAUGAGGAGAUACUGGGCAAUACAUUCAUCAUGACGUUGGCUGGGCAUGAAACAACUGGAGAUGCUCUAUUCUUCGCCAUGGUUGAACUCGCGAUGAACCCACAGUCGCAACGGGAGCUCCAACAGAACUUGGACGACAUCUUAGGCGAUAGACCCCUCGACAAGUGGAAUUAUGACCUCGAUCUCCCAAAAUUGCUUGCUGGUGUGCCAGGAGCAGUUUUCAGUGAGAUUCUCAGAGUCUAUCCUCCUGUAAUUCAGAUCCCCAAACGCACACUCCCAGGUUCUCCACAGACUUUGCUUGAGAAUAAUCAGCAGAUUACUAUUCCGCCUGAUGUGCACAUCAAACUCUCUGUCAUUGGAGCACACCGCAAUCCCAACUCAUGGGCAUCCUGGACAUGGCGAGCAAACAGCCAUGUCUCCGGUUCUGAUUCCGAGAAGGACUUGGGAGAAUUUGACCCUUGCCGUUGGCUUGCAGCUCCGAAUGAGAAUCCCGAUCAGGUUUCACCUUCCACCAUCGAUUCAUCUCGCCCCCAAGCCAGCUCCUCUCCCAAACCCGGUGCGUACCUCCCGUUUUCCGAAGGAUCUCGAAGCUGUCUCGGACGCCGAUUUGCACAAGUGGAAAUGGUGCUUACCCUCGCCGUCAUCUUCAAGUACUGGACCAUUGAGCUCGUGCCAGAGCCUCCAGUCGACGAAGAAGAGUUGGCCAAGAAUGCUGUUUCGACUGCCGAAAAGGGAUCUACAUGGUUGAAGGCUAGAGAGAAAUUGAAAAAGGAAAUCAGGGAUAACUUGAGCUAUAUUCUGACGCUGAAGUAUAAUGCGGGCGAGAAGAAGCAAAAUGUACCUACUAUUAGAUUAACGAGAAGGGGCAAGGAAUAUUGGACGUAG